AUCAAAAUGCACCCUUUCCAUCGCGUCUGAGCACUCGCUGAGAGCAGUAAUAGAUGAGAUGAGUAGUAUGAGCUUGAUUCCGGUCAUGGUGGGACACUUUAGGAACAGACACAACCAUUUCGGUUCCUAUUCUCAUCCAAUCCAAUACCACGGAAAUACCCUUUGAACCCCAACCUCAAUGUUCUAUUAAGCGCUCAAGGUCACCUGGCGAUGCCUCAAUGCCUCGAGGGGUCCAUCGUGGCCGAUGUCAUAAUAUAGGGCACUUCCCAGGCGCAUAUCCCCCUUGCGUGAGCCCAUAAUCCUCAAGACGUCGACGAUGUCCUCCGGCGCCCAUCUGAAGGAACCUGUACUAUAUCUCCACGAUCUUCCUGCUGCUAUCACUGCAGAGCAUCUCAGAUCUGCUCUGCAGUUAGCGACCAUUGUGUUCGAUGAAGAAUCACGAUGCGCUGUCAUCAAGUUUCCCUCGAUACUACUUGCCAGAAGAGCUAUGAAAUCCGGCGUCAUCUGCUCUGUUUCAGGGACAUCCGACGUCACUCUGUCUUUCUCUGCCAGUCCGCCAGAGCGACUAGACGAAACGUCUCAAGCAGCAGCUGAGGAACAGUCUGGAAUAGAUAUCAUUCCUCCCAAUGGUGAUAAUGAAAGGAUAGCGAAACAGGGUCGAGAUCCAGACUUCAAAGAGAAGAAUGAAUGCAGACUCACCGAUGUUGAUCGCGAACAGUCGAGCCAUGCUGAUCAGUUUGCCGAUAAGCCACCAACUCCAUCCGUUGCGGACUUCAUCGCCGUUCGGCAACUAUUGAAGGAAGAACGCGAGCAAUCGGACAAACGCAAUGUCGAUCAUGUUCGAGUCCUGAAGGAGAAAGUCAUCGAGCUUCAGCGUCAGAAUGACGCCGCCGAACUGGAGUUGCAAAGUCAGCGACUGCAGAUAUCCAAUCUGAAACAGAACCCCGACAAACAUCUUGCUACAGCCCUGCAGGCAGUUUGCGACGAGAAGCAUGGGCUUGAGCAGAAGCUGGUGGAGCUAGGCUUGGAGGUUGAGACGAUGAAACUUUGCCAGCAACAGCUCGAGCAGGAACGAUCACAAUUACUGGAUUCUCAUGAUGCGCUGCAAAGCACCAAGGAGCAGGUGAAAGUGUUGUGCCGCGACUGGGAGGACAGGGAGCGGGAGAUCGCACAGGCUAACCGUACGGUUCGGGCGGCUACUGCCAGACACGCACAAGAGGUCGUCGGUCUACAAAGACAACUAUGUGUCGUCAAUUCACGAUGCAAGAUACUGGAGCUCGAGAGGGAUAAGCUUCUAUGGGAAGAUGCUCGAGUGCAGAGAGAGGAGAAGGAGCAGAAAGAACGAGAGAUGGAACAGAAGCGGCGGGCUGAGUCCAUGCGCAAGAUGGAGGACGAGAAGCGACAGAAGGAACGACUCAGGACGAUGAUGGAAGAGCAGGCUCGUCUAGAGCGAGAACGAGCUCAGGCUGAGUAUGAAGAAAAGCAGAGGUUGCAGCGGCAGAAGUGGCACGAGGCUACAAAGGCUGAGAAGCGGCGAUGCCAGAGGAGGGAUAAGGAAAAGUGGAACCUCGAAAGCUGGACGGAUUCCCAGGCAGUCGAACGUUUUCUCCUCCUGAUGGACGAGUUCGAGACGACUCAAUACUCUGAAUCGAAGCCGUUGACAUCUGCCGGUAUACCUUGGCCUGUGCUGGUUAAUCCUCGGAAAUUCAAGGUGACGGAUCUUGAUGACUGGCAGGCUGUGGAUGGCUUCUUCAAAGUUAUAAGGCGCCAUCUGGAGAGGCACUUGUAUAAGAAGGUGGUAAUGAGGGCAAGACAGAUGUUCCACCCCGACCGAUGGAAGUCGAGGAAUCUGUUGAAGUCUGUGAUGGAUGAUUCGGUCCGUUCUUCGCUGGAAGCAGCUGGAAACAAGGUAUCUCAAGCAGUUAACGCCUUGUAAGUUCUGCAUCUUUUAGUCUCAUCUCCGCCAACGAGCGUAUUUCGUUUUCAAUCAUGUACUAGUAGUAUUUGUCCAAGCCACUGUAAAUGCUUACUAUCUACACCGGUAUGCCCAGAUAUUUAUAAAUUACUUUUGGUAAACAGAAUGCCCCAAACAACGCGGUAAAACUGAC